AUGAAUAACAUGACCAGCCUGGAUUCCUUGGUGCGGCUCAUCCAGGCGUCUCCACAAAGGAGUGAUGUCUUUGGCUGGGACAGCCUAUAUGGGUCCGGUGAUCCUCCUUCUAUUGCCAAUUCCAAUGAAAGUGGAGCAAUGAAAGGACAGCAAGAACUCGAAAGUCUGGAAAGUUUAGGAGAAUUGAGCUCCGUGGCUUCAAGCAACAACCAUCCUGCUGACUCGACCCUGCACAUUGGUUGGAAUGGCUUUGCGAAUCCAGAGAUGACGGGCUGCGGCUCUGACUCAUCAGAGGUCAAUGUGCAAAGCAUUGUUUCUGGUCUCUCACAGGGAAAUUUGAUUUACCGCAGUCGUAUGUCCUCCAUGCCUUCGCAGUGGGGGGAUUCACAAACUGGAUGGCGCCGGGUAGACAGACAACGCAAUGAAUCCAUGAACAUGAGAGACCACCAUGCUCUGUCACUUUCCACAUUUGGUCCAGAUCAUCUGAUCAUGGAAAACACGAACAAAAUAUUCAUCUCUGAUAGCCUUCUGCAAAUAUACCACGAUGUUCUCGAGAACAACCUCGCUUGCUGGCUUGCAGAGGAUACGUGUCCCUAUGGACUGCAAUGGAGGAGGCGUGAACCCUUACCCAUUCCGCAAAAACCUAUCGCCGGAACAAAAACGUACCCAGAAUGGGGCGUAGCGUGGUCAAAUCGAAUGUUUCAGCGCGUCAGACAGCUUGACCGGUCCGCCCAGUCGGCCAAGUUGAUCCGUCUCACUGCAUAUGAAAAUCAAGCAUCUUCUAAAGCUCUCAAUUUAGCCGUCAUGGCUUUUUCCACGCAGUGGGCUCAAGGGAAACGGGGUUGGGACGAGUUGCAUGGGGCGAGCAGGUGUGAAAACUUCAUGGAUCACAAGGGCGAAGAGCUUGGGGACGAGUUCGAGCAGGCUCUCCGGCAUUCCAUUUGGGAACAGGCAAAGCGGGCACUCCAAGAUGUCUCUGAUCUGGAGUGUUUCAGGGUUGUUUUCGCUGAGUUGAUUUUUGGUCUUGUUCAAAAGCCGUAUUCCAGGAAUGAGUAUGACCUAGACGCAACGAUUGGGUUGGCUACUAGAAAUCUGUGCAAAAGCGGUACCAAUUCAAUUUCACCUACGAUUGCAGAUAUUUUUGCCCGAGAAGGGCCGCCGAUAUUCAUGGAGCGAGGGGCCCGCAAGAUGCACGCACUUAAGUAUCGAUUCGAAGCAUACCAAGCAGGUUUUCGGCAAGGCGCUCGCAGUUUUGAAUCUGAACCGAAUGCUGGACCCCCCCAAGAAAUGAGCGCAGAAGAUGGUCAAACAAUUGGUCUCUUGUACUGGCUCGCAGUCAUGUUUGAUACGGUCUCUUCGUCUAUAAAUGAGCGACCAGUGGUCGUCCCUGAUGAGGAAUGUCAACAUGAUGGAGCACAGAGAGCGGCAAAGGAUCCUUUAGAAAUACCGGUAACGAAUGUGCGAUGGAAACUUGACCUCUAUGCACAAGAUGAUACUGAGAGACCAUCCCUUUUGCAUUGGCCUUGUACAUACGACGUUGCAACCAGGGCAGUUGCCAGGUCAGCAGCUGUCAAAGUGCUGCUUUUCCGCCAUAUCUCAUAUCUUCAAAACGGCUUGAGGAAUUGUGAGAACGGCCCAGCCAUCGAGGAAAUCAUUAAGACCACACUAUCUGUAUAUCGAUACUGGGACGUCACUCAUGGUGCUUUCUUCCGCGACUUAAUCAUGAACUAUGAAUCAGUCCCUCCGCGCAUUAGGAGCUGGUUUCCAUGUAUCAGUAUUCCGUGGCACUUGGGCUCACUUAUGCUCGCAAACCUGAUUGAUUAUGUGGAUGAGCACCGGCUUGGCUGCGACAGCAACAGGGCGAAACGUCUCCAUGUCGGCCUGGCGGCGAAAAUUCGAAGAGCAAGUUCGAUUGAGUUGGCACAGUUUGCAGCGGUCAUAACGCCGCAAGCCAUUGGGGCUAUAGGCUUGAAGCAGCUACCAGAUUUUCACUUUGCUGUCAAUGAAAGCCCUGCUCUGACUGAGCCCUGGACGAUUCUGUUCAUUCGGGCCUUCACAGACGCUGCUGUCUUCCACAUUGGUGAAAUAGAAGAGCUACAAAAUCACCAGUGGUCCGACAUAGACCAUACCAGCGAGGCGCUUCAAGUCAGCACUGCACGGGCUGAAAGCUGCAUCAGGGCGCUUCGAUUUCUAGGCCGCAAGUCUCGGAUGGCGGAGGAUAUUGGAACAGUUCUAUCCAAACAUCUGGACACAUAG